AUGGAAAUCAGAGAACGCGAAGUCGAAGCUUUGAAGGAUCGCGAGUCGGCUGCCAGAAAAGAAGCUACUGCAUUGAGUGAUGGUGUGGUCGUUUGGAAAGAUACCUGUGAGACUGUAAGUGAUCUUGAACGUCGACUUUCCCUUCUUCCGAAACAAGAUCGAUCUGAUGUGAAGAAAAUCUCGACAAUGUUGAAUGAGACCCUCGCACGGUUAACUCGGAAUUUAGACGUUUCUGAAGAUAACAAAUGGUCUCUUCUAUCUGUCGCUAUCAGUCAGGAAGUAGAAGCUUUGAAGCAAGGGAUCGAACUCGUCGAAAGUAUGAGUGCUCCACCUAGUUCAACCUCUUCAUCUAAAGUCAAUUCACCCCCCACUGCUGUAAGUAGGAUUUUACCAAAAAUUUCUCAUCAAGUGCCAAACACAGCAUUGUCAUCAUUAGAAGAACCUUCCAAAUCGCAUAUUAUAGUUCCUACCCCGAAAACUUCUCCAUCUCCCUCGUUCACCAAUGCUGUUACUGGUCUCAACAUCAACAACGUCAGUGCGGAGCCUAUAUCUAGUUCUCCAACCCAGUCAUCAACCAAUGCAUUCAACUCUGUUGCCCAACUUUUGGGAAAUUACGAAACCAAAACUGAUUGA